AUGUCGACGUUCGGAACCUACUUCAAGGUCACCACCUACGGCGAGUCCCACGGCAAAUCCGUCGGCGUCAUCGUCGAUGGUGUGCCCCCUGGUCUCGCCCUCGACGAGUCCGACAUUCAGCCCCAGCUUACACGUCGCCGUCCCGGCCAGUCUGCCAUCACAACACCCCGCAAUGAGAAGGACCGCGUCACCAUCCAGUCCGGCACCGAGUUUGGCUACACCCUGGGCACACCGCUUGGCAUGCUCGUGCCCAACGAGGACCAGCGGCCCAAGGAUUACGGCAACAAGACGAUGGACCGUUUCCCGCGUCCCUCGCACGCCGACUGGACCUACCUCACAAGUACGGCAUCAAGGCUUCUCUGA